UUCAUUCGGCAAAAUUCAUUCAUAAAAAUUUCAACCGCCUGCGUAUCAUCCGCUCAGCUCAGCGUCGUGUUGUGCACAGGGUCCUGAAGGAGACGGCAGGAGGGUCCGGGAGGGAAGGGAGGCCUGAGAAGGGGUGGGCCCGCGGGGACCGGACCCGAGCUGCACCGAGGAUGCCCGGACCUCAAGCUGGAGGAACAAUGCGGACCAGCGCCCGUCGCUAGGACUCCUGGCUGGUGGCCCAGAACCAAGAUCCUCCGAGAGAGGGCAGCCGUCAUAACCCCAGCCCAUACAGAAGGGCCUUUGACUCUUGAUGUGCUUUUUUAUUUUUCCCUUUGAAAUGAACAAUCACGGGAACAAAUAAAGGGUUAAUGGGCCAGUCGCUGCCCCGCCCCGUGGGAGCUGGAGGGAGCAGGUUUGAAAGUUCCUGUGCGCAGAGAGAAGGGGGAUAACUAUUUUUGCUAAGGCUAAAGACUUGGUGGCACCGGCUGCCCCAGCCUGGGGGACUCCGGGGUGAGGAACCCCUCCCCCCCCCCCCCCCCCGCCCCGGGGCCUCUGCCAGGGCCGGGAAGGGACUGCAAUCUGAGCCGGGAGGCAUCUUCCUGGGCUGUCAUCCUUGAGCAGUCAGGGACCCGGGCGGGUGGCCUCCCCGGGGCAGAAGUGAAAAGUGGCUGUCCUGUGGGUCUACCGGACAGCGGAGCAGUUUAGGCUUCCGUGCCCCGUCUCAGCACUUCCAAGGCUAUGCGAGAACGCAGCCAGGACAGCCAGGCAGGACUCGCUCUGUAUGUAGGACUCUUUGCGCACCUGGGGAUGCUUCACAGGGCCAAGUACAGCCGCUUUCGGAACGAGUCCAUCACGUCUUUGGAUGAAGGGAGCCCCGGAGGCUCGGUUGGAAACAAGGGCUCGUCGCCGCCUCCCUACCCUGCCCUGGCCCCUCACCUGCCGGCUGAAGAUGCCGCUGUGCCCACCCAAGAGAGCCCCACCGCGCUGUGCACCUUGAUCCCCCGUAUGGCAAGCAUGAAGCUGGCCAACCCAGUCACUUUUCUGAGUCUGAAAGCCUUUUGCCUGGGUUCCAAAGAAGUGCCCCGGCUGAAGCUCCAGGAGAACCAGGAUCAAGCUCCAAGCACUCCAGCUUCCCCAGAAACCAGUCUAAAUAGGACUGGGCCUGCUCCGACACCGCAUCCGGACCAGGUGGGACACAGGGCAACCCCCUCGCCUCCUGAUGCUUGCCCACUGCCUGGCCCUGGACAGCCAACCCCCAGGAGCAGGCAGGACAGGCACUCUGUGCAGCACCUGUUGGGGUCCGGUCUGAACUACUCUGUGAGGUACAUGGGCUGCAUUGAAGUGCUACAAUCAAUGAGGUCUCUGGAUUUUGGAAUGAGAACCCAAGUUACAAGGGAAGCAAUAAGCCGCCUGUGUGACGCUGUCCCUGGGGCCCAUGGAGCCAUUAAAAAGCGAAAGGCUCCUGUUAAGGUCCUGUCAACGGUUCUUGGCAAAAGCAAUCUUCAGUUUUCGGGAAUGAAUAUAAAACUGACCAUUUCGACAUGCAGCCUCAUACUGAUGAAUCUUGACAACCAACAGAUUAUUGCAAAGCAUCAAAUGCAAUCGAUUUCAUUUGCCUCUGGAGGGGACCCUGAUACCACAGACUAUGUUGCCUAUGUAGCUAAAGAUCCAGUCAACCAACGAGCAUGCCACAUCCUGGAGUGUCACAGUGGAAUGGCCCAAGAUGUCAUAAGCACCAUAGGGCAGGCCUUUGAACUCCGAUUCAAACAGUACUUGAAAAACCCUUCCUUGAACACUUGGGAAAGCGAGGAGGUACACGUCGACGGCACACCUGAAGACAGAGAUCAUGACUACUACAACGCAAUUCCAGGGAAGCAGCCACCUGCAGGAGGCAUUUCAGAUGUGCGGAUCAAAGUUCAAGCUGCAGACCAAAUGGCUUACUGCCCUAUCCGGUGUGAAAAGUUGUGCUAUUUACCCGGGAACUCUAAGUGCAGCGGUGUGUACGAGAACUGUAUGGGACAGAGCGGGUCAAUAGGUAUUCCCCAUGAGAGCGGGACGCACAGUGACGCUGCAACCAUGAAGAACUGUCGGGUGGAUCUCUUUGAUGACCCCUGCUACGUCAAUACACAGGCUCUUCAGAGUACCCCUGGCUAUGCUGGAAAUCAAAGGUCAACUCAGCUACAAGGGAGCCCAUGGCACCUUGGAAAGGCACCAGAAACUGUGCAGCCAGGAGCCACAGCCCAGCCUGUAAGCGCACACUCGUUGCCACACAUUAAGCAGCAGCUGUGGAAUGAGGAAUGCUUCCACGGCAGGCUGAGCAGGAAGGCAGCGGAGAGACUGCUGGUGAAGGAUGGGGACUUUCUGGUUCGAGAGAGCAUAACUUCUCCUGGCCAGUAUGUGCUGAGCGGACUACAGGGUGGCCAGGCAAAGCACCUCCUCUUGGUGGAUCCCGAAGGCAAGGUGAGGACCAAGGACCAUGUGUUUGAUAAUGUUGGCCACCUUAUCAAAUACCAUAUGGAUAAUAGUUUGCCAAUCAUCUCUUCUGGAAGUGAAGUAAGCCUUAAACAGCCAGUAAGGAAAGGUAAUACUACAGGACUUUGGCAUUCCAGGAAAUGACCGCUCCAGACACUGUGGCAGUGACAUCAGAAGAAUAUCCUUUUUUUGUCAGGGACAAUGACAAUUCAAGCUUUUUCUCCAGAUGAAAUAGAACACAAACUGUGAAACAUGUCUUUCUGAGACCACCAUGGACUAUGUCUUUUGUAAAACAGAGAACUAAUAAAAUACCCUCUAAAUAUGAAAAUCAGAGAGGAAGAAUUUCAAUCCAUUGGAAAAGGACUUAUGCAUAUGCACGGAGGUCACUUUUAAAGGUCACAUUGCAUUGAUUAAAAGCUAAAAGCACAACUACAAUUUCAUAUGCUAAAGAUAACUUGAACUGCUCAGGCAGUGAUAUGUGCCUUCGACUUGAUAAUCUGGGGCCAUUUUCAUAUGGGGGGAGAGUAUUACCAGGUGUUUUCGUGGUCUAUAGCUACAGAACCAGUUGCCAAAAAAGCUUUUCCUUGCUAAAAAAGCAAGGGGAAGCAAUUUGAUGAGCAGUGUUGACUUGAACCAUUUUCUGUUUAGUAGCACUGUUGCUGCCAUGUUAAAUAUGACACUGACAUCAAAUUCAGACUGGUUCUAUGUUGCGCAAUGAAAGCAAAAGCCAAUGGAGGCUUCAUCAUUCUGUCUCAUUUGAUGAUGAGAAGGUUGGGGCCCAAAUUCACUGGCCAGUGUUCCUCAAUCUUUGCUACCUGAACUGUUCUUAUGCAGCAUAGGGCAAGUUCAUGAGGCCAAAUCUCUUGCUUACUUCUGAUUUUGAGUACAUGGAUAUAAAAGACGGUAAACAAAACCAGUGUUCAUGCUCAGUCCGCACUGGUGCCAUGCUUACUGAGAAGGUAAUUCAAAGUAUAGGAAACUUUCCUUUUGAUUGGCUGCCACCGAAUCCAAGUGUCACCUCUAUAUGUGUCCUAUCUCCCUCUCUACAUGUGAUCAGACAAAAUGCAGAGUGAGAAAACACAUAGGGUGAAGGGUUUGGAAAGGCCUGCCACACACAGCCCAAUGGUUAAACUGGUGGUGAAAUUAAGAAUCCUCAGAGAAGCUCUAGGCUCAGACUAUUCAUCUCUGUGGCUCUUGGCAGGUUGCUAAACCUGUCUGGAUUCCCGUUUUCUUGUUUAUAAGCUGAGGGAGCUCAGAGGUGCAUUCCAAGGUCCUUUGGCAUCCUAACAUAAUUUUUCCUUUGUUAGAAAUUAAUACUGAUAAGCAGCUUGUGUAGUGAAGGGGAAACACUUAGGACUUUCCCUUAUUCUGUGUCUAUACUCAACUGAUCAAGGGUUUAAACAAGUCAUCACUCACAUAGCUCCACCCCAAGAGUUUCAGUGUAAAGCAGGUAAUGUUGAUAUAAGUGGAUCUGGUUGUUUUUAGUAAUAGCAGAAAUACUCAGUCAGUUCUUACUUGCAUUUGCAUAUAAAGAAAUGGCCAUUACUAAAGGAGAGAUGGAGAGGGAGGGAGGGAGGAAGGGA